CUCUUUUGGCUACACUACACUGCCAAAAUUUCUCAGCACCUCACUGCUGGCCCCAGAGUAGUAGGUAUAGACAAGACUACAAGCAAGGCCAGGUCUCAGGACAUGCAGCAUCCCACACCUGCAGGAUACAGCCCAGAGUAGAGGCUUGACUCCAUACUGAAAGCCUGGGAUUCUUCUCCAGAAAGUCUGAUGUGCUGCCUUACAUUUUGCUGAGGUCAGAGGAAAUAUGCCAUGGAAAAAGCCAAUAGGACAAGCCUCGUGGAAGGCUUCAUUCUCCUUGGGCUCUCAACUCAUCCAAGACUAGAAAAAAUGUUCUUUGUGCUCAUCCUGCUGAUGUACCUGGUGAUCCUGCUGGGCAACGGGGUCCUCAUCCUGGUUACCAUCUUUGACUCCCGCCUGCACACACCCAUGUACUUCUUCCUGGGGAACCUCUCCUUCCUGGACAUCUGCUACACCACCUCCUCUGUGCCCCUGGUACUCGACAGCUUCCUCACCCCCAGGAAAGCCAUCUCCUUCUCAGCCUGUGCUGUGCAGAUGCUACUUUCCUUCGCCAUGGCAGGGACAGAGUGUGUGCUCCUGGGCAUGAUGGCGUUUGAUCGCUAUGUGGCCAUCUGCAACCCCCUCAGGUACCCUGUGAUCAUGAGCAAGGCUGCCUAUGUGCCCAUGGCUGUCAGCUCCUGGGCAGGUGGUAUCAUCAACUCUGUAGUUCAGAUUUCCCAGGCAAUGGCAUUGCCCUUCUGUGGGGACAAUGUCAUCAACCACUUCACCUGUGAGAUCCUGGCUGUCCUGAAGUUGGCCUGUGCUGACAUCACCAUCAAUGUCAUCAGUAUGGUUGUGGCCAAUGUCAUCUUCCUCGCAGUCCCAGUGCUGUUCAUUUCUGUCUCCUAUGUGUUCAUCAUUGCCACUAUCCUGAAGAUCCCUUCAGCUGAGGGCAGGAAAAAGGCCUUUUCCACCUGCUCUGCCCACCUUGCUGUGGUGAUUAUAUUCUAUGGCACCUUAUUUUUCAUGUACGCCAAACCCAAAUCUAAAGACCCACUGGGGGCAGAUAAGGGGGACAUUUCAGACAAACUCACCUCCCUCUUCUAUGGGGUGGUCACCCCCAUGCUUAACCCUAUCAUCUAUAGCCUCAGAAACAAGGAUGUGAAAGCUGCUGUGAAGAAUCUGGUUUUUCAGAAACACUUCCUCAAGUGAUAGUGGAAAGAACUCAGUGUCUCUGCCUUCUACUUUCACCAGAGUCUCAAGGAUAAGUUGGAAGCUUAACUUCAUCUCUAUACAUAGGUAAAUCUACUUGUACAGCAUCUCCCUAAUGUAAAAUGUACUAUGUGAACAGGAAGCACUAAAUGUACCUUUCAUUCCAUUCAUUCUGUAAACAGUUUUAUGAGAGGAUAUUCAACUUUGCCUUUCCUGAGAGUUGUCAUUCUCUACCAUGGCACAGAAGAUGUCAAUGUCAAGGAAAUCUCUUUCAGCUUUGUUGUUGGACUCAUGAAAAGCUCAUACCUGUAGAUCUAUAAUUCAAUGGCUUCUUGGUUUCUCUCUUUGAUGUAUUUGAAUCUUUCUCUACUUUCAUGUUACCUUUCAUUACUUCUUACAAAAUAUUA